AUAAUGUUGUGGCCGGGGCGGAGGCAUCUUGACCAGAUCGAUGCCCGCUUGUAGACUAGAGCCAUUAUAUUAAGCGUGCACCCAAACCUACAAAAGAGAAAUGCGUUCCCAUCCCCCCACGUACGAUUGACCAAUAGCAAACCCUAGCUCCGAGGAGCGAGAGUAGCACAGAAGCUCGCGGUGGGUGGCGAUGCCGAAGAAGAUGGGGACGAACACGAAGGCGGAGGCGGCGCGGGAGCGGCGGAGCGCGGCGGAGGCGGAGCGCCAGGAGCGGGAGGCGCGGGAGAAGGAGGACCAGCUCUGGCGCGACGCCGAGGGGCCCAAGUCCCGCGCCGCGCGGCGACGCGAGGGCGACACCGAGAAGCGCGCCGAGGCCGCCGCGCGGCGCGCCGAGAACCGCAGGCUCGCCGAGCUCGAGCAGCAGGAGCUCGACCGCGCCGCGCGCAGGCCCGAUCCCAAGGCCUCGCGCGUCUCCGUCCCCGCCCCCGCGAAGGUCACCGAGGCGGAGCUCCUCCGCCGCCGCGAGGAGGAGCGCCUCCGCCUCGAGCGCGAGGCCGAGGCCGCGAAGAAGCGCCGGAGCCGCACCGCCGACGAGGAGGAGUACGAGCGCGUGGUGCUCGUCUCCAACACCAACAGGGACGACUCCGUCAUCGAGGCGCACACGGUGGAGGACGCCAUCGCCGGCAUGGCCCUUGCCGAGCCCCCGCUCCCGCCCGAUCGCCACCCGGAGAGGCGCCUGAAGGCCUCCUUCAAGGCUUUUGAAGAGGCAGAGCUUCCCAAACUGAAAGAAGAAAAGCCAGGCCUGACUCUCAACCAGUACAAAGAUAUGGUAUGGAAACUGUGGAAGAAAUCCCCAGACAACCCUCUUAACCAGGUUGUCGAGUGAUGACAUUGUAAUAACGUUGCCUGAUAACAGCAGGCUGUUUUAUCGAAUACCAGAAGCAUUUUUUUAUUUGGUAAGCCUAGAACUAACGCCCAGUGCUACUUUAGUUCUUCUGGUGAAGCUUGAUGCGGUCAUUGUUACUAGGAAGGCGGGAUAGAUCUGUCGGUAGUAAGAGAUAUGGAGCAGGAUUGGUUUGCUGGGAAACUUUCAGUGUUAUAACCUUCGUACUUAAUGUAAGCUUGUGCCUUGUAAGGAUGAUAUAACUAUAUGAUCAAAAUCAUGUGCGCUGUAAAUAUUGAUACAACUAUAUGAUCAAAAUCAUGUGCACCGUAAAUGUUAUCUAGCAAGAUGACGUCAUCUUUGUAUA